GCUCUCCCUCCCCCCUGCUCCUCUCGUAGUGCUGGGCGGAGCAGGAGAGACCGGGGCUGCCAGCGCCGCCGCCUCUGCACCGGGGGCCCGGGAGCCCAGCCCAGGACAGGGGGUCCCUCGUGCCCGCAGCGUCCAUCGGCAGUGCGGAGCCCAGGGGGAUCUGGAGCCUCGCCCGCGGGGCUGGCCCCUCCCUGCCCGGUGUUGGGGGUAGCGCUGGGAUGAAAAGACGCACCGCCGCCUGCUGGACGCUCCUCCUGCUGGCUGCCUUCUUCUGCGACAGCGUCAUCUGCAAGGGCGGGCGGGGCGGGGCGCGGGGGGCGGCCCGUGGCAGGGGCAUGGCCCGCAGCCGGGCCAAGGCUGCCCCUCGCUACGGCUCCUCGGGAGCGGGGCUGCGGGUGGCGGCAGCGGCGGCGGCGGGCGCAGCGGCGGGCGUGGCAGCAGGAGUGGCCCACAGGAGGAUGAGGAUCUCUGGGGAGCUUGGUCCAGACGACGGCUCCGAGUUCCAGGAAGGCAACAGGACGGGCAGCGGCGUGUACAGCUACCGCUCGUGGACCUCGGCUGCCGGGGCCCAGGACACGGCGCACCUUGCCAUCUCCUUCUGCCUGGUGACUGGCUUCUUCCAGCUCCUUCCCCUGUAAGGGCCUGUGGCGCCCGACCUACCCUCCCCGUGUCGGAGCCUGCAGAGCGGCACCACCCGGCUGGGCCUCGGCAGCACCAGCCCCGUCCAGCUGCGUCUGCUCCCGCCUGCUGCGGGGCCGGAGCAGCCCGCGCUGCCCAGCGGGCUGGAGCCGGAGCAGCUGCCAGUGAGACAGCUGGGGCAGUGCCCCUAGGCCUGAUCCCGCUGGGGCUUUGCCCUGGGCUGUGGUGAGGGCAGGUGGUGCAGCAGGGGGACCUAGCGCAGCAGCUGUGGGUGGCAUGAGGUUGCCAGGCACUGCCAUCGCUGCAGCUUGUGACGGCCCUACUGAUGCUGAUUGACGUGGACAUUUCCCAAAGCACCGGCCCUGCCAGCCUGUGCCACGAAGGGUGGGGCCUGGGCCCACAGGCUGGGGUGGAGCCGGGGCCCACAGGCUAAGGCAGAGCAUGAGGGGUGGAGCCUGGGCCCACAAACCGGCGAAGGGCCAUAUGUCCCAGCCCCAAGGAGCUGCUGCCAGCUCCCUGCCUUGGGGCCCCGCUCUCCUGCCGAGACAUGGAAGGGAGGCCGGAGUGGCCUUGUGUGUCCCGUGGGGGCUGCGGUGAAGGCUGGCUGGGGUGAAGCUGUGUGGUGAGGGAAGCAGCUCCAUUCCUAUGCCAGUACCAAUGUGGAGCAGGAUGUCGGGGGGCGGGGGGCAGAAUCUGGGACUCUGGGCCAGCCUGUCCGAGCAUGUGGGGGGCCGGAACUGGGUGUGAAGAGGGAUCCAACCUCCCCCUGGUUUGAACCCCAGCCGCUGGCACUGGCUCAGGCUGGUGAGAAUGGUGCCAAUUGAUUCCACAGAUGGAGGCAACAAUUAGAGCCAGCCUCUCCCAAACCAGAGAAAAGUGCCCUGGCUCCCUCAUGCCCAAGGACCCUCCUUGCCCAGCUGCCGCCUCCUCACCACUCACAGGAUCCCCCCAGACUGCCGGACACUAGCUGAGGGGGGUCUGAUCCCCCACUGACCUCAGCAAUGCCCCCCCAGGACGGACUGGCUUCCGUGAACUCUCUGCCCAAACGAGGCCCGUCGAGCCAGGCUGCUUGGGGGGAAAGCCCGAACAGCACUACCAGCCAUAGUCCCGCCUUGGGAGCCGCUCAGCUGCAGGUUUGCCCUGACUAGGCCGCGCAGCCACACAGAGCCGUGCUGUGUUCCUGACCCAGCCGAGCCACGUCCCAGCCAGCAAACAUUCCAGCUGCUUUGGCUAGCGCCGUGGAGCGGGUGCCCGUUACAGCACAGUGCCAGCAUGGGGAAGGGUGGGCUCAGGUUUGCACAUACACCAGAAGAUCAGUCUCUUGGUUUUGCAUGAAGACCACAUGCCUCAGCCCCAAAUCCUCUGCACCUAAUCACAGGGCAGCACUGGCAUGUCAGAGGCGUUCCAGGAAAAUCGGUCCGUUGGCGUUUGAACUGUUGAUCGGUCACAAGUUGGCCCCAGAACGAGUUCCCGCUCUAAAUGCCCUGAUUUUGCAGGCCCCUCGAGCUUGAGAACGACAGUGUUGGAAGUCCAGAAGGCGGGUGGCAGAGCAAUCAGGCGGUGGGAGGGGGAGUCUAUGAGCUCAGUGCUCCUUUCUCCUGCCUGCAUUCAUUAUUAUGCACUCCCCAAAUCCUAGCCCCCUUCCCCCCACUACCUUGCACUCCAGGCCCAAGGAGCAGUCAGGUAUUAACCCUACCUCCUCUUACUAUGGGAGCAGAUUGCACAAGGUCACUUCAAGCAAAUUGGGACUAACCCCACCCUCUGGCAUGGCUGACUCAAACUCAGCCACGCUGCCUGGCAGAGUGACUGUGCCAAAUAUAGGUACUUUGGCUAACCUGUCCCUCACCAUGAGAUGACACUCCCCUCCAGGAGCAGGAGUCCUGUGUCCCGUAUUCCCACGCUGGCUAGCCAAUGGUCAAGUGUACAUUUCCUCCUUGAGUGGCCAGUCCCCACAGGAAAGCCGGUGGCACCGGCAGAGCUGUGUGCUAGGUCUCCAACAGGCCAGAGCUCAACCUUGCUGGCUGCUGCAGCAACUAUGGUUCCCAGCCUGUUCUGUGCUAUAAAUGGCAAAGCCCUCAAUGCAGUCACAUGUCCCACGGUGGCAGGUCAGGGGUGAGGCUGAUGGGCCUUGGCCAGCGGUUGUGCUGCCAGAUGUCCCACUAGUAGGUUUGGGAACCUGCUGCAGCAGGAAACUCCUCUGGUACCAGCAGCAUGUUUGCCAGGGAGCUCUGGACACCAGCCGAGGGAGAAACUGGGCUCAGGUGACUGAGGAGCUGAUGGGGGAAGUGCAAAUGGGAGGGGAGGAAACUGCCUUCAGUCCCACUGGGGGGGCAAACAGGGCAGGAAACAGGCAGAUCCAUGUGGGGAUCCAGAUUGGUUGGAAGCCAGCUCCAUUCACCAGCCCUGCUCUGGCUCCAGCCCCAGCUAGCAGCCAGGAGACCUUUCCCAACACAGCCAGGAGUUAAUAUAGUCUCAGUCCUUGCAGCUUUUCCACAGGCAGUGGGGAGACAGUGCUCUUCCCAACAUCCGGGGGCUCCAGCCUGGAGGGAGGCAGAUCCCCCUGCUCUGCGCAGGCUGGGGGAGGGGGCUCCAUGCUUCCCACCCACCAGGCUCACCAUCAGCUGUCCAUCAAACAGUUUGGCCUCCCCCUGCGCAGCGGGUUUGCUGCCUGACCUUGGCACAGACACACAGGCUCUGGCCUCUGAAGAGCAUAGGGAGGAGUCUGUUCAUGGAAUCACUGCACUUGGGGGCACAGUGGUUCUGAGCUUUUUUUAAAAAAAUGCCCUCUACAUUUUGGACCAAACUCCCCCCAUUCCCACUUAACCCACCAGCAGCCAGAGGCAGGGUGCAGGCGGUAGAUUGGCACUGAACUGUUCCUCAGUGACCUAGGACUGGUGGGGAUCCUCCCACACCGUGUGGCAGGCUGGGCUUUGGGCAGUGUGUGUAGACAGGCCCCUGCUUGCUGUAUGUGCAUGUGAACAGGGUAGUUAUGACAUCCCCUUCUCCCCAUGCAGAGCCCUGCCCCAGCCCCUUUCCCAGGCCUGAUGCCAGCUCGCCCAGCAAGCAGCAGGCCACGUGUUCUUGCACUCACCUGUUUUUAAUGUUUCGUGUUUGUAAUGGUUUUAUACCUGUGUUCACAGUGAUGUGAAAAUAAAGUCUAGGAGGAGA